UAGCUAUAAGUAACUCUCCUCACAUCCAUCCUUCCCUCAGCCCAAAUCCAACCCUUGCGUGCCUGCCUUCCAAAGGUCUCUCUCUCAUUUCCUUGUUUUAACUAAAUAGCCGAAAAGUCUCCUCCCUACCACCAAGCCAUGUGCAAGGGAACAACUAGUUCACCUAGCAAGCUGAGCUGGUGCUUGAAGGCCCCCAUGAGAGCACUGUGCCGUGCUAGAGAUUUCUACGUUAAGAGCCUGACGGGCUGCGCGGGCCGCGUGGAGAGGGGGCCUAUCAGGGGCAUGCCAGCGGGGAUGGUGUCGGCGAUGCCGCGAAGCCAGAGCCACGGGUUCUACCGGCAGCAGGGCGGCGGCACCGAGGACGACAUCCGGGAGCUCAUCCGGCUGACGGACAGGGCCAGGCAGGCCCAGUCCAAGGACGGGGUGGUGCCCAGGAGCCCGAGCGUGGCCACCUUGAGGAUUGAUGAGGACCGGCCCUGCGAGUUCGAGAGCCUGGAUAUGGUCCCAAGGAGCAAGAGCUGUGCCGUUGUGAACAACAAGAGGAAGGUGGGUGUAAUUGCUUGAAGGUGAGCCAUAUUAAUUGGCGCAACGCCCAGAAGAAUUUUGAGAUGUUCUAGCCGAUCGUAGAGAUUUCAACACCAAGAGGCCGUGAGACAAAGAUGGUUUUGUUGAAGUGGGAGAACUCCUCGAGGGCUCCUGUUGCUGCUAGGUUGUCGGUACUGUUUAUUUCCUCCCAUACGUGUGUUCUUCCUCAAGACUUGAGGUUUGUGUGUGAAUACUGGGGCUUCUUGGCAUCUUUUCAUCUUCAACCAUACGCGUUCGCAUGGCCCAUGUCUUGUUCUUCCUUCCGAUUUUUGUGUAAUUAAUAGAUGGGCAGCUUGGAAAUUUCA